AACUUCAUACCAUGAUUCUCUAAUGGGAAACAAGUAUGCAGCUAAUAGGAAAAGCACUGGACAGAUAAAUCUAAGCACAAGUCCCAUUAAUAGUGGCAGUUGUUUGGGAUACUACAGCAAUACAAGGAGUAAUUCUUUGAGACUGAAUUUAAUCAGUGAGCGGAAAUGCGACCGUCGACGGAGCAACACACUAGAUAUAAUGGAUGGAAGGAUAAAUCAUGGUGGAGGUUUGGCCAGGACUAGAAGCCUUUCCUCCCUGAGAGAGGGAGGGAUGUAUGAUGUGCAGCCCACUACUGACCCUGUCAACUUGAUGGCCACCAUAUUCUGGAUUGCAGCUUCGUUGCUAGAGUCAGAUUAUGAGUAUGAAUACCUUUUGGCUCUCAAGCUACUCAACAAGCUUCUUGUUCACUUGCCUCUGGAUAAAUUGGAGAGUCGGGAAAAGAUAGAAAAGGUGCAAAAUAAACUGAAAUGGAAUAACUUUCCAGGCCUUCAGCAGCUUUUCUUGAAAGGCUUUACUUCAGCAUCUACGCAAGAAAUGACAGUUCAUCUCCUCAGUAAACUCAUCACAAUUUCCAAGCAUGCUUUGGUGGAUCCUUCUCAGUUAGCAGGAUUUCCCCUAAACAUCUUGUGCCUACUUCCUCAUCUGAUACAACAUUUUGAUAACCCAACUCAGUUUUGUAAAGAGACAGCUGACAGGAUAGCAAAGGUUUGUGCAGAGGAGAAAUCACCAACUCUUGCCAAUCUGGCUCACAUGAUGAGUUUAUAUAGUACACACAGUUACUCCAGAGACUGUUCUAACUGGAUUAACGUAGUGUGUAGAUAUUUGCAUGACUCUUUCUCAGAUGCCACACUUAACCUUGUAACUUAUCUUGCAGAGCUGUUAGAGAAAGGAUUAUCCAGUAUGCAACAGUCCUUACUGCAGAUCAUUUACAGUCUUCUGAGUCAUAUUGACCUAUCCACAGCACCAGUUAAACAGUUUAAUUUGGAAAUCAUAAAAGUUAUUGGUAAAUAUGUUCAGAGUCCAUAUUGGAAGGAAGCCCUUAAUAUUUUGAAGCUGGUGGUCUCUCGAUCAGCAAGCCUUGUUGUACCUAAUGAUAUUCCAAAGUCUUAUGGAGGUGACAUAGGUUCUCCUGAAAUCUCUUUCACGAAAAUUUUUAAUAAUGUCUCCAAGGAGCUACCUGGGAAGACAUUAGAUUUUCAUUUUGAUAUAUCCGAGACGCCUAUUAUUGGGAAUAAGUAUGGUGAUCAACACAGUGCAGCUGGUAGAAACGGGAAGCCAAAAGUCAUUGCUGUCACCCGGAGCACUUCUUCAACUUCAUCAGGCUCCAAUUCAAAUGCGUUAGUUCCCGUCAGCUGGAAGAGACCACAACUAUCUCAGAGAAGAACUAGGGAGAAGCUAAUGAAUGUGCUUUCUCUGUGUGGUCCAGAAUCUGGUCUUCCCAAGAAUCCUUCAGUUGUGUUUUCUUCUAAUGAAGACUUGGAAAUUGGAGAUCAACAAACUAGUCUUAUUUCAACAACAGAAGAAGUGAUUCAAGAGGAGGAAGUGGCUGUAGAAGACAAUACCAGUGAACAACAAUUUGGUGUUUUUAAAGACUUUGACUUUUUAGAUGUUGAACUGGAAGAUGCAGAGGAGCUGCAGGGUGAAAGCAUGGACAAUUUCAACUGGGGCGUUCGUAGGCGCUCUCUUGACAGUAUUGACAAAGGAGACACACCAUCUCUUCAAGAAUGUCAGUACUCUGGUAGCACACCCAGCUUGAACUUGACCAACCAGGAAGAUACUGAUGAGUCUUCAGAAGAAGAAGCAGCUCUCACUGCAAGUCAGAUACUGUCUCGUUCACAGAUGUUAAACAGUGAUUCUGCCAUAGACGAGACAAUAUCAGAUCAUGCUGGUUUAUCACUUCAGUCUCAAGAUUCCACUAGCAGUGUGGGAACUGAAGAGGUACUUCAAAUCAGAACUGAGACCCCAAGUUUGGAGGCUUCUCCUCUAGAUAACUCUAGCAACCAGCUGCCUGAGGAAGGCAGUUCAGCAGUAAGGGAUGAACAGGUUAGCACUGCUAGUGAAGACACUGGGUCGUAUCUACUACAAGAACAACAAGACUGUCUGGUCUGUCAUGAAUCUCUUGAGUUGGAAGAGACCCCAGAACUGACAGAGGCAGCAGCUCCUGAGAGCUAUUCUGAAUCUAUCUGUGAAGAGGAUGUCACUCUUGCUUUGAAAGAGCUAGACGAGAGAUGUGAAGAAGAAGAAGCUGACUUCUCUGCUUUGUCUAGCCAAGAUGAAGAAGAACAGGAUGGUUUCCCAGAAGUACAAACUUCCCCACCUCCUUCACCAUUUCUUUCUGCCAUAUUGGCAGCUUUCCAACCAGUGGCAUAUGAUGAUGAAGAGCAAGCCUGGCGCUGCCACGUCAAUCAAAUGCUGUCAGAUACAGAUGGAUCUUGUGCUGUCUAUACAUUUCACAUCUUCUCAAGAUUGUUUCAGACCAUUCAAAGAAAGUUUGUAUCUAUAACAAAUGAUUCAGUCAGCUUUCUUGGCGAAAGUCUACAGCGCAUUGGAAAAAAAUUUGAAAGUUCUCUGGAAGUUAUGAUGUUAUGUUCAGAAUGUCCGACAGUCUUUGUGGAUGCGGAAACGCUGAUGUCUUGUGGCUUACUAGAAACAUUGAAGUUCAGUGUUCUAGAGCUCCAAGAACACCUGGAUACCUAUAAUGUCAAAAGAGAGGCAGCAGAACAGUGGCUAGAAGACUGCAAAAGAACAUUUGGUCCUGAUGACAGUAUUCAUGGCACCAACACAGAUGCCCAGCAAAUGGAAAUUCUAGCAGAGCUGGAGUUGUGUCGGAGGCUAUACAAGUUGCAUUUCCAGUUGCUGCUUCUGUUCCAAGCCUAUUGCAAACUCAUCAGCCAAGUAAAAACAAUCAAAAAAGAAGCAGAGGUCAUAAACAUGUCUGAAGAACUUGCUCUUUUGGAGAGCUGUCUGAAAGAGGCUGAGGCUGCAUCUGACAGUGGUAUUGAAGAAAUCGAAAUUGCAGAGGCUUCCCAAGCGAGCACAGAAACGGCUAUUCACUCUCUCAUUGAAACCCUGAGAAACAAGGAGUUUGUGUCAGCUGUAGCACAGGUCAAGGCUUUCAGAUCUAUUUGGCCCCACGACAUCUUUGGCAGUUCUGAAGAUGACCCAGUUCAAACACUGCUGCACAUAUAUUUCCGUCAUCAGACGCUUGGUCAAACUGGUAGCUUCGCAGUAGUAGGCUCCAACCAAGAUAUGUCUGAGGCCAACUCAAAGCUGAUGGAACUUAAUCUAGAAAUUCGAGAGUCUCUACGCAUGGUGCAAUCUUAUCAGCUUCUAGGGAAAAUCAAACCAGGAACAAAUCUUGUGAGCACUGGAUUCUGAACAGCUGUCAUUUAGAAAAGAACUGAUGAUGAAGACGCUUCAGACUAUUAUUGAGCACCUUUCGUAAAAAAAAAAACAAACCACACCUCCAGCAAUCCUAACAACCACACAGUUUAAUCACAGCAAGAAACUUUUUCAUCAAAAGUAAAAAUAUGAAAAUUUAAGUGAACAUCUUUCUUGACUGCUCUUUCUACACAGUAGCUGUGCGGCAGUACUAUUUUUUUAUUAAAUAUAUGUAUUAAAACUACACAAGAGGAAAAGGGCUUAAAUGUAAUGCAUACAUAUGCAUUAUUUCCUGUUGUAACAGAA